UUGGGAAAAUCCCGUCAAAAAAGCCAAUUCUAAAUAUAGCCUCGUUUUGCAAUUACAAUACUGAAGCGAAGGACCUGUUUUAUAGAGACCAUAUUCUGCUAUUCUGAUACUUAUGAUUGUUUAAAUCCACUAUCCCAUUCCAGAGUCUGGUUAUUCAAAAUGGCUGACCCGCACGAAUACAUUACUGGGGGUGAAUAUUAUUCAUCUUUCCAAGGGGACAUAUACGGUCCAUACGAAUCUUCAAGCAUGUUAGCAAAUAUCCGUAACACAAGGAUCCAGAUUAUGAACAAUAUACGUGGGAAACAGACUAUUAAUCCAACAGUGCUAGUGGAAAACAUGCUGAAGACGAAAUGCCCUGUUGAAAUGCAUUAUGAGGUCAUUGAUAUUGUGUCAUUGUUGAGGAAAAACAUUGUGGGGAAGAGAGAAAGUGAAGCUCUGCAAACCAUUAAAACUGCUUUAGGAGUAUUGGAGAAAUAUGGUCGCAAUCUGCUAAAGCCUGUUACAAGCCGUCCACCAAAAUGGAAGAUUAUUUUCUUUUCCAAUGGUGUUUUUAAAACAAAAGUUGGAGUCGUUGAGGGAUCCAAAGAAAUUCUCCAGAAGUUUGGGUACAGCAUGCCAAUUAGUGAUGGAUUAUCAUUCCCUGAUGAAGUCAACCAUCCUGAUGAAGAACAGGUAGUCAAAAUUUUGACUGACUUGAUAGUGGCUAAGGUUGAGAUUGAGAGGUACAUGAACAAACUCCACCCUCACCCUGAAGCAUUAUACCAUACUCUACACAACAGCCCUAUCACAUCAAUAGUUUCUUCAGAUAUGUAUGGCCCAGCUUCCGGACUAGCUAGACAAGUGGGAUCACACACUGAAUAUGGCCCAAGUUCACAGACUGCCCCAGCACAACCCUCAUUGUCUACGCUAGGGUCAACUAUCUAUGGUACAGAGGCAGCCCGCGUUCCAUCACCAAUACAGAGCCAACCACAAGCUCAGGUUGCUGAUCGAAGUGAGGACCACAAACCACAGGCAGCCAUUCUUUCGAGAGAAAACAGUGAUACUGAUUGCAAUCUAUGUGGUGAUAGCAAAGCCACAGUGUACUGUAAUGACUGCGAGAAUUCAAAUUGUGAAGAGUGUGACAAAGUUUGGCACUCCCAUCCAAAACGGAAAGGGCACAAGACCGAGCUUUUGACAAGAAAAGUAGAUGUCGAUGUGAAGACCGAUCCAGACAAACCCAACCUGCAGAUGGCAGAGGAAUUUAAAAAACAACCAGAGCCAUCUGUACCUGACAACUUCAGUCAGCAGAUUGCAGCGAAGUUAAAGAGGCCACCAUCUACACAUUUGUAUGAGAAUGUAAGUGAUGGUAGGCAAUUGUCCACUGCCUUUCAUGAUGGCCAACGCUAUCUACCAGGAGAUGGAAAUAUAGUUCAACCAUUAAUGUACUCACAUGAAACGAAAAUAAAAAGACCUGUUCCUGCUCCAAGAACCAUUAGUGAAUCAUCAGGUGAUGAACCAAGCAUACCUUCUUCAGGUGGAAGUGGAAGUACCUAUAAGGAAAUAAAAUCACAAGAUAGUGUUUAUCAUGGUUCUCCAGGGCCUUUAUCGCAACCUGCAUCAACGUCUACGCCGGUGAAACCACAGGAUAUUGAGGAAAUUAAGAAAAAGAUUUGGAGGAAAUGUAUAACUAUUUUAGAACAAGUUCAAGUAAUUCAAGAAAAACAAGAUGCAAUAUUAGAUGAAAAUUGUGAUCAAUACAUAGUUCUUGAAAAAGAAAGAGAAGUCUUGAUGAAUAGGCACAAGAGUUUAAUGAAACGCAUGGAAGCCCUAGAUGUUGUACUGGAGACAGGAAAGAGUAAGAGCUCCAAACACAGAUUAAAGCUGGAAACACCACAGCAGCCAACAGAACCAAGAAAUACACCUGAAGUAACUAAGUCAGAACCCUUCGAGCCACUUGUUCUCAACAUCAAAAAGCCACCCGUUGAAGACAUUUUGAAUAUAACACCUGGAAAACCACCUGCAUCAGAGAAGGCUGAUCCAAAAAGAUUGGAUGAUAAAGAGGUAGCUGCGGAGGGGCAUCAAGCUUCUAAUCAAGCUAAAAACCCACCAAUGUUUUACACUCCCCCAAAUGUGCCAGUUCCACUCCCAAGACUCUCUGCAAAUCCAACUGUGAGGCCAGAUAUAUCUGUGAAGCUGAAGUCAUCAGUGGAUGUUCCUGAAGAAUUGCAACAAAUACAAGACUCAAAACACACCAUACCACAAACAAGUGCUGAAAGACAACAGAAUGAACAUUCUGUUGCACCUGCUGGUGGUUUUUCAAAAAAUGAUAUGCCAGAGGUUCGUUCAGAAAAGCCAGUUUUUAUGUCUUCUGAAAGAGUUCAAGCAGCUGGUUGGGAAUGUCAGUAUUGCACAUUUUGGAACACUGACACUGGUUCUUUUAUCUGUGAAAUGUGUUCAAAGACCACUUACAGGAAUAUGGCUGCUUCAGUAAAACCUAAGUCUUCCUUACAGGGUGCUGCUGCUACUAUAGCUUUAACACCAUUGGCUCGAAAAGAGGCAGCUUCUAGCACACUUUCUCCUGGAAUCGCUUUCACAAUGCAGAAAGAAGAAGAAGAGAUGUUGGAAUCAAAAAGAAGAGCAAGACUCGAGGAUGAAGCAAAAUAUGGAAAUAAAUCAGUUAAAGAGCCUUUGUCACAAACCUUCCCUCGAAUAUCAGAAGUUUCCAAAAGAAAACCUGAUGAAUUCUUACAUUCAUUAGGGCCACAAAUGACACUGACUGAUAUGAGGAUCCGAACCAAACAAGAGGACAUACGAGGAAAGGGCCAAGCUCUUGUGACCGCUAUUAGAGAAGCCCAGUGUAAAGGUUUUGAUUUUGAAAUGAUUGAGGUUGCACUAAAUGUAGCUGAGAAGGACAACAUACCGAUUGACAUCUGGCUUGAUAAAAAUUAUCACAACUUUGUUGAGAGUGUUAAGGUGUCGGUUACUGACAAGCUGAAUGCUAUGGUACCAGGAGCAACAAUUUCUGAUGAACAAAUAAGGGAUGUAAUCUAUAAACACAAGGGUGACAGGGAAAAGAUAGAACAGGAGUGCAUUGAAAAAAUCCAAAACAAGAUUGUCAAGUUAACUGGAUUGAAACUUGAGAGGGGAGGACAUGUCUUAACAACUGAAGAAAUAAUAGCAGAAUUGACCAAUAGCAAAGGUGAUGUAAACCAGAUGUUAGCAGAAGUAUUUAAAGAUGACAUGAAGCAGUUUUAUGACAGAAUUUGGGAAAAAGCUCCUUAUAUGAAAGAAAGCUUUUUUGAUUUUCCAGUUGAAGAGAGAGAGAAAAAAGUAAGGAUUUUAUUUGCCGAACACAAUCUCAAAAGCUGGGGCAGAUCCGAAAAUGCUUUGCAACUUAUAAGUGAGAUGGAAGACAGAAUUAAAGAAGAUCCAGAAUACUUCUACGAUGUGGUCCAGGCAGCAAAUAGUUACUGGGAUAUUCAGGAAGCCAAAAAUUUCCUUAACAAAGACUGUUCAGUUUGUUUUAUGGAUUUUCCUAUGUCUCGGCUCUUGCAAUCACCAUUUUGUCAGCAAGGCCAUCAGUGUUUGAUUUGUAAAGAAUGUUUUAAAGGUCAUUUCACUGUAUGUAUCAAGGACCGGAAUAUUCUAGAUGCUUCCUGUCCUUCUUGUGACUUGCCAAAACUUAUGCAAAUUACUGAAGCUGAAGUAUCACAGUACUUUGCAAUGAUUGAUGUUAUGCUUCGAAGCGUGCUUGAUAAAGAUGUUUAUGAUCUUCUUCACCGUAAACUGCGAGACCUACAACUGUUUAAGGACGAUCGUUUUAGAUGGUGCUUACAUUGUGGCAGUGGUUUUAUCAACGAGCAGAAUAUCCGUAAGAUGCAGUGUCCUGAUUGCAAAAAAUACUCUUGCUUUGAGUGUAAGAAAAAGUGGGAGCCACAGCAUGACAACAUCUCUUGUGAAGAAUUUGAACAGUGGAGGAGAGACAAUGAUCCUGACCUACAGGCUGCUGGUCUUGCCAGACAUCUACAGGAGAAUGGAAUAGAUUGUCCUAAGUGUAAGAUGAGAUAUGACCUUGCUAAAGGUGGGUGUAUGCACUUCAGAUGUACUCAGUGUAAACAUGAGUUUUGCUGUGGAUGCAAGCAACCAAUGUCAUCAAAAUGUACCCGAUACGAAUCUUGUCGCACAAAAGGUUUACAUACUCAUCAUCCAAGAGAUUGUUUGUUUUAUCUGAGAGAUCUUGAUGUUGAUGUUCUUCAGAAUCUACUUAAGAGCCAUGAUGUAGCUUUUGAUACAGAACCAAAGCCUGGUGAACGGGUUGAUAAAUGCCCCGUACAGGAACAAAAGGAUACGCCAAAUGGACUUACAGAUGAAAAGUGCGGCAAGGCAGUCAAGGGAAAGAAUGCAGGAUUAUGCGAAGUGCAUUACAAGGAGUACCUUGUUGGUUUGAUAAACACUAAACACAUUGACCCUGCUGAAACAUUUGAUGCCCACCGCUUGAAAAUCUGUAUUACACGCCAUGAGAUGCGCGUCCCUGAUCGAAGGCCACAAGAAAGUGAGGAGAAUUACAAGCAGCGCCUUUUGAAAGUUGUUCAGGAUGAGUUUCCAAUUGUUUAGAAAAGUGGAAAAACUGUGAAUUCAGUUAAUUAAGAUUGUGCUCUAAUUGGCUUUAAAAGCAUAUGAUCUGCAAUUACAAAAAUGUUAUAAGGAUUAGUGGUUGUUCGAAAUCAGUUACAACUAGUCAGGGGGGAAAAUUGGUAUUUAGCAAAAUGCAUAUAGAAGCUCAGAAUUACAUCCAAAUUUAUUGAAAUUUAAAAGUCGACUAAUCAAAAUGUCAUCCAGAAGGUGGCACAUUUUUUAUUAAAUCUCACAAUUAUAUCCCUCAGGCUAAUAGUAAUCUGUUCCUUGUUUUUGGUACCAAGCGAUUGUUUAUUUAAGUAAUAAUUUGUUAUCAUUUUAUUCAAUAUGUGAAUGGGUUUUUUUUUUCUGGUGGAAAUAAACAACUACAAUAAGUUUAAACAUAAAAUUUACAAUAUAUACCACUAAUGUAACCAUCACCAAGAUAUUACCAAUAUUAAGGAUUUUUCAAAUUUACAAGAGGCCAUAAGUUAGCUAACUUUCUUUGUUUCACUAACAUGCAAUAUUAGUAGGUUUUACAUUUGGAACAAAUGUAAGAAUAGUUUUCUGCAUAUGCAAAGCCAAGUAGGUAAAUUUUGAAUGUGUAAAAACUCAUUGCUGCAUCAUUGGCUGAUUCAAAGAGGAGGGGGAGCGAGUGAGCCCAAAGCCCCUCCCUCACUAAAUUUUCCAAAAUUGUAAAAAAAAAUGGAGAACAGACUAAAAUUAUAAUAAAAUACUGUAUAAGCAAUGGCAGAUCCAGGUAUUUGAAAUAGGGACUUUCACAGAUAGUGAGUUGAAAAACUUUGAUUAUGGCACUUCUUGAUGCCUGGAAAAGGCAUUCUUAGACUUAAAUUUGAAUGUAAUUUUCUUUUUUUCUGAAUUUUUGUUAAAUUUUGAAACAUUUAGGGGGGACUGGGCUGGCUGGGUCCCCCUGAAUUUGCCUAUGAGAAGUCUGAGAAUGCCAUUUCCCGCAAUUUAGAGGUGCCAUAAUCAUAAAUUUUUUUCCUCUGUCUGUGAAAAUCUCUCGUGGGGCUCUCUCUGUUUCGAAUCCCUGAAUUAGCUCACUGGGCAUGCACAAGAUUCGACACCCCCCCCCCCCCCCCCCCACACACACACACACACACACAUCUACACAAUCUGCACCAGAUGUGGGUGAUAUGACAAUAGGUGUUAAUUAGAGAUGUAUUAGAAAGAAAUAUAUGAACCUUGUUGGCGUAAAAACAUUAAAGCAUAGUUGAACCAUAUGAUAAUGUGAUUCAGUUUAAAAUGAUAUUAUUUUAUUUUCAUGCACACAACAUGGCACAAAUGAGUUUAGAUGAUUGAUAUGAGUUUAGAUGAUUGAUACUGUAAACGAAAAUACAGUAUAUAAAGUACUGUUAACAGAAAUAUUUUAUGCUGCCUACUUUUGCAAGUUCUAGGUGACAGUGUAUCCAUGAGACAAAAAUAAUAUGUACCAUAUGCAAAGUGGUUUGUGUCUGUAUUCUAAUGAGGAAGACUGCAAAUUGUGUAUAACACUAAUAAUUGAAAAUUAGAAUGUGCAAUGUGACAAUGAAGAUGAUCGGUAAAGCUGUAAUGGACCUUUCCGCUAAGCCCUGCCCCUUGGAUUUUGUUUUAAGGUCCCACAAAACAUACGCAAACACGUGUGUCUGUGGGUUAGACACGCGCAUAUUCCUAGCACUGUUCUGAUUAGCCAAUUGUUAAGUUUGAUGAUAAUCUGGAAGGUUCAUUGUAGUGAUUUGCAAAUAUUUUUUUUUAAACUUAUAAGGCUUACUGAAAAAAGUUUCAUUGGAUUAUAAUCAUUUGUAUAUAAGUAGUUCUUCAUUCAUUAAGAUGAGAUUUUUGUUGGUUGUAUCUGAACAUUUACAGCGUCAAGAAAGAUUUUUCUUUGUCUUGUUUUUAUCUGUUUCAUCAAAUGAAAUUAUGAAUUUAAUGAAAUUAAAAAGAGCAUCUACAUAUAUUUCUUAAAUCCUGCUAAUUUUAUUAUAAAUUUGUCUUAUCAAAGUAAUUAAAUUAUAUUUAAACAAGGACUUAUUAAAAUACAACUAGUAGCAGCAUCACAGGUUAAUAUAUUUAAAAAAAAACCAAUGUCCUAUAUUAGUAGACCGACGUUUAUUAAAAUCAGAAUUAUCUUAUUCAAAUAGUGAAGAAGGUAAAUCAUGUAUUUCAACCAAUAAUAUAUACGUACUUGCGACGUUUCGAUCUUCUACCAGUAGAACUUCAUCAGGCACUGAACAACUAGCACCAGCACCCGUCAGUGCCUGAUGAAGUUCUACUGAACGUCUGUAUGAAAAGAAAGAAGAUAUAUUAGACGAAAACUGUAGAGAAUUUUCAAUUUUAAAUUAAAGAUUUGCACUUGCCUAUUUGGAUAAAUUGCUAUUAUCGUUGAUAUUUUUUUCCCCUUCAUUAUGUAGUAAAUAUCACACACACGCACACACACACAUACACAUACACGUAAUCGAAAUGGUCUAGUCUUAGAAAAGCAAUUUCCUGGAGUCUUCUGCAGCACAGACAUCUAAACCUUGCAGUGACGGAAUGAAUAGUCUUUUGCAAGAUGUAAACGUAUUGGUAGUAGAUCAAAACGUUGCAAGUACAGUACAGUACGUAUAUAUUAUUGGUUUCAAUAUAUGAAUUUACCCUCUUCACAAUUAUCUGUCUGUGAAGGGCGUCCUAAACUUGGUCAGGAUUGCCAAUUGUUGUGUCUAUGCCCCUCGGGGGCAAAGAAACUAUGUUGUUGUCUGGCAGUUAAAGAUGGCUGAAGGGUAAAUCCGGUGGAGGUGCAUGAUGGGUCAGGUGUCAUCUUAAGUACCUUAUUACUGUACAAAAUUCAUACAAAAAAUAAAACAGCACACAUUUCCUGAUAACUGAAUCCCAUGUGGAUACUUUAUUAGUAAACAUAACACAGUAAGGCAGUAUGGGGUAUUAGACACACGCUCCCACUGGGAGCCUAUUUUUGCUUUAGUGCAGUUAUAGCAUCUCAUUGCGUAUACAAAAUAACACAAAUAAAAUAACUUCAUUCAUAAUAUCAGUGAAUUGUACAGAUGUAUAGAAUCUUUUUAAAGGUAAGCUACACUUAUAUGACAUUCCAUAUUCUUAAAAAAUGGGAUGUUGAGAAAUCCCAAUUUAUUAAUUUUGAAAUUAAAAGCUCAGAAAUAAAUCGUUUGAUAAGUAGAAAAUAUAUAUUGGAAUUUGACUAAUCGACAAAAUGAACUAAAUGUACUAAUAUCACAUAAUGGUCACAUGUAUUUUAACAUGAAAUUUUCCUUAUUUUCAAUAGGUCUAUAUUCAAUCGAUUAUGAUUGUUAAUUCAAACUGCUCUUGUGUAAUAUAAACAAUAAUUGAUGAACUUCUGUAAUAAUAAUAAAACAAAAUACUGGGGAUAGAGAUGUAUUAUUAUUUAAUGGAAAUCAAUAAAGAUAACAACUUAAGUUUAUA